UCACUUACAUCUCAGCACAUGCAUGCACGGAGCUACUUCAUGUAAAACAGGUUAAAGAUGAACCCCCACGGAAAUGCAACUUUCCUUCUCUUAUUAUCCAUCGUGUUCUUGUCAUGGAGAAUUUGUCAUGGAGGGAAGAUUUUGAUCAUUCCUUUGGAGGGAAGCCACUGGGUAAACAUGGACAUCAUGAUCCAAGCUCUCGACUCUCAAGGACACUCUGUUGACGUGGUACGAACCGACAAAAGCUGGUACAUCCAGGAUGACUCUCCGCACUACAAGGCAAUCACAGUUCCUGUCACUGAAGCCUUUAAUCACGACUUCAUUAAGCCGAUCCUGAAAAACAUCAUUGAUAUAGAGAGGGGAGAGAGCUCGUUUUGGAGCUUUGCGAGUCUUCAGGCUGAGAUGUUUAGCGCGAUGUUUGACAUACAUAGAAUAAUGUGCAAAAUGGCUACCAACAUGUUUAAAGAUAAAGACUUGAUGGAUAGAUUAAAGGAAAGUAACUACGACCUGGUUCUUACUGAUCCGGCAUGGGGUGCAGGUAUUUUGUUGGCUCACGCUCUUAAGUUACCUCUAGUGUAUAAUGCGCGGUGGAUAACUAGCGGAGAGGGACAUAUGGCUUUAGCACCUACUCCUAUAUCUUAUAUCCCAAUGACCGGCUCAGGACUGACAGACAAAAUGACUUUCACAGAAAGAGUUAAAAAUCUAAUUUUCUCCCUCAUUUGGCACGCUCAGGAUGAGUUUUUAAUCCGUCCUCAGUAUCAAGCUGUUUGUGAUCACUUCUUUAGCCCAGAAAUCAGAUACAGUGACUUACUACAGGGAGCAGACCUGUGGCUGAUGAGAGUGGACUUUGUGUUUGAGUUCCCUCGGCCCACUAUGCCUAAUGUCGUCUAUAUUGGCGGGUUCCAGUGUAAACCUGCCAAACCUCUUCCUGAACACCUGGAAGUGUUUGUGCAGAGUUCUGGAGAGCACGGGGUCAUCAUCAUGUCUCUGGGGACUUUUGUGAAUGAACUUCCGGCUGAUAUAACAAAUGAGAUCGCUGCAGCUUUCGCUAAAUUACCCCAGAAAGUCAUUUGGAGGCAUAAAGGUGCCAGACCAGCCACUCUGGGCAACAACACUUUAAUAGUAGACUGGAUGCCACAGAAUGACCUCCUAGGACAUCCCAAGAUAAAACUGUUUGUGGCUCAUGGCGGAACAAACGGCGUCCAAGAAGCAAUCUACCACGGAGUCCCAAUUGUGGGUCUGCCCUUGUUUUUCGACCAACACGACAACCUGCUGCGUCUGAAAGACAGAGGAGCGGCCAAGGUUCUCACCUUAGCUGCAGUGGACAAAGACAACAACUUCCUGAAGGCCAUACAGGAAGUCCUGAACGAGCCCUCCUACAAGACGAACAUGCAGAGACUCUCCAGGCUGCACAGAGAUCAGCCAAUAACGCCGCUGGAUAACGCCCUCUUCUGGAUAGAGUUUGUCAUGAGGCACAAAGGUGCAGCUCACCUGAGGACAGAGUCCUACAGACUGCCCUGGUAUUCCUACCACUCCGUAGAUGUCAUACUGUCCUUUCUGGCUACUACUGCAGCGAUUACUUUUCUCCCUCUUGUGCUUUUCAGAUUUGUGUGUCUUGAGAAAUGCUUGAAAAGAAAAACAAAUAAAAAAUGACAAGACA